AUUCCGUACUGUGCCACUUUCUUUGUUUUCACGGACUACAUGAGAGCUGCCAUAAGGAUCUCUGCCUUGUCAGAGGCUGGAGUUAUCUAUGUUAUGACCCAUGAUUCAAUUGGGCUUGGAGAAGAUGGACCAACCCAUCAACCAAUAGAGCACUUGGCAAGUUUCCGGGCAAUGCCCAACAUUUUGAUGCUCCGCCCAGCUGAUGGGAAUGAGACUGCUGGGGCAUACAGGGUUGCAGUCCUUAACAGGAAGAGGCCAUCUAUCCUCGCCCUCUCUCGCCAAAAGCUGCCCAAUCUUCCUGGGACUUCCAUUGAGGGAGUCGAGAAGGGUGGUUACAUUAUAUCAGACAACUCUUCAGGUAACAAGCCAGAUGUCAUUUUGAUUUCAACUGGCUCCGAGUUGGAAAUUGCUUUCAAAGCUGGUGAGGAACUCAGAAAGGAAGGGAAGGCUGUUAGAGUUGUCUCCUUUGUUUCUUGGGAACUCUUUGAUGACCAAUCAGAUGCCUACAAGGAAAGUGUUUUGCCGGCUGCAGUAACAGCAAGAGUUAGCAUUGAAGCUGGAUCAACAUUUGGGUGGCAAAAGCUUAUUGGAAGCAAAGGAAAGGCUAUUGGAAUUGAUCAUUUUGGGGCAAGUGCACCAGCUGGAAAAAUAUACAAGGAGUUUGGCCUUACCGUCGAGGCAGUUAUUGCAGCAGCAAAAGAAGUUAGCUAGGCAACUUGUUAUUUAGCAAAUUUGGUUUUGGUUGGAGAUCAAGGUAAGAGGCCAUAUUCUUGUGAUUUGUUUCACAGCAUGGUCUCUUUUGUUUUAAUAAAAUAUUAUUUUUCGUUUGUUGCUUAUAAUUCUUCAGUGAAGCAACAUAGAUCAAAAGAGACGGUAGGGUAUGAGAAUGCUCUUCUUGUAUUUUGUAACAACUCUUGGACCUGUCUUGAGUUUUGUAAUGCUAAUGCUCUGUGGUUAAUCAAUGAGUUUCACUUUCUCCAUCAUUUUCUUCACUUUGUAACUUAGAAACUAUUUGGGAUUGUCUAUUUUGUAAUAAGAAGGGCAGCCUUACACUCGGAAUAAAUAUUGUAACUGUUAUUUUUCAGGUAAAUAAAGUUAUAUCCUUUCUCA